CAGUUACCUUACCUGAGCCAAAACCGACCAACACAUUUAGCUAAAUACAAAUACUGACGAUUACAAUACAGAGAUUCACUCCAAAACAAUCCUGGAGCUAACAAGGAAUCUACCUGGAGUUUUGCUAGACCAACAUGACUGCGUUAUAGGAGUAUCUCCUGGAAUUUUUUUUUUAUUGCAAAACAACAAAUAUCAGCAAAGAGGAGGAUCAGUUAGAAAAGAACAGGCAGAACGAUGCCGGGAACUGUAAAGCUGCGCAGUGUCAAGAGGUUUGGACAGGAAAAUGAUGGAUUUGAAUUUUCAGACGAAGAGACAAGUGGUGAUUACAUGACAAUGGCUUCAGGAAAGGAUAAUAAGUCCAAAAAAAGCAAGAAAGAAGAGUCGGCCAUCCGCGUCGGCUUCUUUCAGCUGUUUCGCUUCGCCAGCUGCCGGGAGAUCUGGAUGAUGGUUUUUGGGAGUUUGUGUGCGAUUGCUCAUGGCUCAGCACAGCCACUGAUGCUGCUGGUGUUUGGCAUGCUGACAGACACCUUCAUAGACUACGACAUUGAGCUCAAUGAGCUUAGUGACCCACAGAAAGCCUGUGUGAAUAAUACCAUACAGUGGAGAAACCUGACUCAGGAAGAAAACCUGGCACUGAACAUGACCAGAUCAUGCGGGCUUUUGGAUAUCGAAUAUGAAAUGACCAAUUUUGCCUACUAUUAUGUUGGCAUCGGAGCAGGGGUCUUCAUUCUUGGAUACCUCCAAAUCUCUCUGUGGAUCACUGCAGCAGCAAGACAGAUUCAGAUUAUCAGGAAGAUGUACUUUAGGAAGGUCAUGAGGAUGGAGAUUGGUUGGUUUGACUGCACUUCAGUAGGAGAACUCAACACUCGAAUGUCUGAUGACAUCAACAAGAUAAACGAUGCCAUUGCUGAUCAGGUGGGAAUCUUCAUCCAGCGCUUCACCACUUUUGUGUGUGGUUUCCUCAUGGGAUUCGCGAGAGGUUGGAAACUGACUCUGGUUAUCAUCUCCGUGUCUCCUCUGAUCGGGAUUGGAGCAGGACUCAUGGCUCUGUUUGUGGCAAAACUGACAGGAAUGGAGCUGCAGGCGUACGCUAAAGCGGGUGCAGUGGCAGAUGAGGUUUUGUCCAGUGUGCGCACUGUGGCAGCCUUUGGUGGAGAGAAAAAAGAAGUGGAUAGGUAUGAUCGUAAUCUGAUCUCUGCCCAACAAUGGGGCAUCCGGAAAGGUCUGAUCAUGGGCUUUUUCACAGGAUACAUGUGGUUCAUCAUCUUUCUUUGUUACGCACUGGCUUUCUGGUAUGGAUCCAGUUUAGUAGUGGACACACAAGAGUACAGUCCAGGGACAUUACUGCAGGUUUUUUUCGGAGUGCUCAUUGCUGCCCUAAAUCUGGGUCAGGCGUCUCCUUGCCUGGAGGCCUUUGCUGCAGGAAGAGGAGCUGCCACCAUUAUCUUUGAGACAAUAGACCGCGAACCAGAGAUUGAUUGUCUCUCUGAGGCUGGAUAUAAGUUAGACAAAGUGAAAGGAGAUCUGGAGUUUCAUAAUAUAACUUUUCAUUACCCAUCUCGACCUGAAGUGAAGAUCCUGGAUCAGCUUAAUCUGCAGGUAAAGUCAGGAGAGACAACGGCAUUUGUGGGUCCCAGUGGGGCUGGAAAAAGCACAGCAAUCCAACUCAUCCAACGGUUCUAUGACCCCAAAGAGGGAAUGCUUACACUGGAUGGCCAUGACAUCAGGGGUCUGAACAUACAGUGGCUGCGUUCUCUGAUUGGAAUAGUGGAGCAGGAGCCUGUUUUGUUUGCCACGACUAUUGCUGAGAACAUCCGAUACGGACGGCCCGGAGUCUCGAACGAUGAUAUCAUCACAGCCGCCAAAGAGGCCAAUGCCUACAACUUCAUCAUGGAUUUACCACAGAAAUUUGAGACUUUAGUAGGUGAGGGUGGUGGACAGAUGAGUGGUGGGCAGAAACAGCGAAUCGCAAUAGCCCGGGCUCUUGUGAGGAAUCCUAGAAUCCUCCUCCUGGACAUGGCCACAUCUGCUUUGGACAAUGAAAGUGAAGCUGUUGUACAAGAGGCUUUGGACAAGGUCAGAAUGGGUCGCACCACUAUCUCCAUAGCUCACCGUUUAUCUACGAUCAAGAAUGCAGAUGUGAUUGUGGGAUUUGAGCACGGCCGUGCUGUUGAAAGAGGAAAACAUGAUGAGCUGUUGGAAAGAAAGGGCGUCUACUUCACCUUGGUCACUCUUCAAAGCCAGGGAGACAAAGCUUUGAACCAGAAAGCCCAACAGGAGAUGGAGGAAGCAGAAUGUUGUGACAGUGAUGCAGAGAGAAGGAGUCUCAACAGGGCUGGAAGCUAUCGUGCUAGCUUGAGAGCUUCUAUUCACCAAAGAUCUCGAUCUCAGCUGUCAAACGCUGUUCCUGAAUCUUCAGUGGCCAUCGCUGGAGAACUAGGGCCUCGUUCAUAUUCUGAAACUACCGUUCCUCAGGAGUUCAUGGGGAAGAGCGGUGUUCCUGAAGAUACUGCAGAGGAGGUGGAACCGGCUCCAGUAGCUCGUAUCCUGAAAUAUAACGCUCCUGAAUGGCCCUACAUGUUUUUUGGAAGCAUUGGAGCCGCUGUGAAUGGAGGGGUGAACCCAGUCUACUCUCUCCUUUUCAGUCAAAUCUUGGCGACAUUUUCGAUGCCAGAUCCUGUUGAACAACGGAGGGAGAUUAAUGGCAUCUGUCUGUUCUUUGUAGUAGUUGGUUUGGUUUCUUUUUUCACACAAAUGUUACAGGGCUAUGCAUUCUCUAAAUCCGGCGAGCUGCUCACUCGUAGAUUGAGGCGUCUGGGCUUUCAGGCAAUGUUGGGGCAGGAGAUCGGCUGGUUUGAUGAUCGCAAAAACAGCCCUGGUGCUUUAACAACACGACUGGCUACAGAUGCCUCGCAAGUCCAGGGAGCCACAGGUUCUCAGAUCGGCAUGAUUGUGAAUUCUCUGACCAACAUCGGUGUGGCUGUUAUCAUCUCCUUUUACUUCAGCUGGAAGCUCACUCUGGUCAUCCUGUGCUUCCUUCCAUUCUUGGCUCUUUCUGGAGGGUUUCAGGCUAAAAUGCUUACUGGAUUCGCCAAGCAGGACAAAGAGGCCAUGGAGACAGCAGGGCAGAUAUCUGGAGAAGCUCUGAAUAACAUCCGCACCAUUGCCGGACUGGGAAAAGAGCGUAAUUUUGUUGAAAUGUUUGAGACUCAGCUGGAGGCCCCAUACCAAGCUGCGCUGAAAAAAGCGAAUGUGUACGGCGCCUGCUAUGGGUUUGCACAGUGUGUGGUCUUCAUGGCAAAUUCUGCCUCGUAUCGAUUUGGUGGAUACCUGGUCUAUCACGAAGGGCUACACUUCAGUUUUGUUUUCAGGGUGAUUUCAGCAAUUGUUACAAGUGGCACGGCUCUCGGCCGAGCGUCCUCCUAUACUCCAGACUACGCCAAAGCCAAGAUCUCUGCUGCCCGAUUCUUCCAGCUACUGGACCGCAUUCCCAAAAUCAGUGUCUACAGCAAAGACGGACAAAAAUGGGAUAAUUUUAAAGGGGACAUUGAGUUUAUAGACUGCAAAUUCACAUACCCAUCCCGACCAGAUAUUCAGGUUCUGAAUGGACUGAAUGUGAGUGUUAAACCAGGACAGACUUUAGCGUUUGUGGGGAGCAGUGGUUGUGGAAAGAGCACCAGUGUUCAACUACUGGAGAGAUUCUAUGAUCCCAACAGUGGACGUGUGCUGAUCGAUGGUCGUGAAAGUUCUCAGAUCAACGUUGCUUACCUGCGCUCUAAGAUUGGGAUUGUGUCCCAGGAGCCGAUUCUCUUUGACUGCAGUAUUGCAGAGAACAUUCGCUAUGGGGACAAUCAACGUGAGCUCAGCAUGAAUGAUGUCAUUUCCGCAGCAAAGAAGGCCCAGCUGCAUGACUUUGUGAUGUCACUUCCUGAGAAAUACGACACCAAUGUUGGUUCCCAAGGUUCCCAGCUUUCCCGGGGUCAAAAACAGCGUAUUGCCAUAGCCAGAGCGAUCAUAAGAGACCCCAAAAUACUGCUUCUGGAUGAGGCCACCUCAGCACUAGACACAGAAAGUGAGAAGACUGUACAGGAGGCCUUGGAUAAAGCCAGAGAAGGCAGAACAUGUAUUGUCAUCGCUCACCGUCUGUCUACUAUCCAGAACUCUGACAUCAUAGCUGUGAUGUCAAGAGGAUACGUCAUUGAGAAGGGCACGCAUGACUAUCUGAUGGGCCUGAAGGGGGCGUACUAUAAACUUGUCACGACUGGAGCUCCAAUCAGUUAAUCUUACUCUCAACGAGGCAGAUAGAAAGACCAAUCAGCACUGUAGACCUGGUGUGGACAUGGAUGUGCAUUAUUUUCUUAUGUUUUUAAAGACCAAGGUCUAUUAUUCUGCCUAUGAUAGUCAGCGAAACUAAAGAUAUCCGUUAGAUGUUGCAUUUCAAGCUUGUUUUCAGAUUUUUAUCUUCAAAGAUGUAUGGGAGGUGGGUGUGAUUUUGCCAAGUACAAUGCAAUCCUGGAUUAACAUCUAUGCCAACAACAUUAAAGUCAUUUUUAUUCACUAUAAAAGAUGCUGGGUUCCACACAAUUCCUUUAUGUUGUCCUAAAACAAAUUGAUUAUUAACUUAAGAGUUUUAUGUUCAAUUUACUUAAAUUUGCAAAAACAAUUAAGUUGUGCUAAAUCACAAUAAGUUGGUUCAUCUUAUUUUAAACAAGUAGUUGAACAAGCAAAAUAAUAAAAAAAAAAUGUCUAAACUCUAAACUCAAAAUACAUUAUUCAUUCCCAAAAAUAGAACUGUAAACAUAUCCCUUAAUUCUGAUUGGCUGACUGGAAACGUUGUUCCAGGAUCAACAUAGAUGGAUCCAAGAGUAUAAGCCCUAGCCUGAAUGUUUUUUUUUGUUGUUUUUUUUUUUGCAUGUCAUUGAAAGGUUUAUGUGCGGUUUUUGUUAGAUUUCUGUCUGUUAUAAGCUGUGAAAUAAUUUGAAAUAACUGAAAUUGUGUGGCGUAGUGAUUUCCAACCACUGUAAAGUUACAAAUUACAAAUGCUCAAAUUACUAUUGUGGAGUAGUUUUUCUCAGGAAUAGUACUUUGCUAAGUAGUUUUAAAAAUGUGUACUUUUACUUGAGUCCAUUUUAGUGCUGUACAUUUACUACAGUAUUUUCCUUCAACCUGUACUCAGAACUAUAUGUUCAUUUUUUCUUUUCUACAACCCCAAAUCAGAAAACGUUGGCACAGUAUGGAAAACACAAAUAAAAAAAGAAGUAGUGAUUUCUACUUUGACUUGUAUUUCAUUUUAGACCAUACAACACACAUUAUGUAAUGAGUUCCUUGUGAUUUUUUUUAUAAACACAUUUCCAAUUUUGGCAACACAUUUAAAAAAAAAAAGUUGAAACAGUAAAGCAUUUACCACUUUGUAACAGUCUAUAUGAUCCUUUUCUUCUUCGGUCCGGAGCUAACAGCGUUUUUUUAUCCCCCCAAAAAAACACCAGAAAUACUGAUUCAGGUCCUUACCACAGGUCACGUCACCCCUGUGUGAUGGUUUAUCCCAGAUACAAAUCUGUGCGGGACUAAAUUUUGAAUCCCAACUUCGUCAGGUUUUAGUUCUAACUAGACUGCUCCCACUUAUAUUCAGCAUUUGUUCACCCUCUGUUCAACCUGCCCCAUUUCCUACCCAACGCGACCAUUCCUGCUACCGGAGUGGGGGUGGUGGGGUAGAAGAAAAAAAAA